UCGAUGGCAUCUGGCCCAACCAACGCUCCCAGUUCCUCACACUCAGAGACGGGUGAUAUCGCAGGUGGUGUUGGUGGUGUAGCUGGUAUAGGAAUCAUAGCUGCAGUUGCCGUGUAUCUCAUGCGCCGUCGCGCAAAAGCACAAUCCAGUCGCGGCCCAUGUGGGAAAUCGUCAAUAGAUUAUUCAUCGAUGGGGCAGCCUAUAUCUCCACGCAUUUACGAAGGCACGGCGCAGAACAAUUAUAAGCGACCGAGACUCUUCGACACGGAUGAUCCUAAUACGUACCCCACUCAUUCACAUAACUCAGUCACAUACAGCAACAGUUCCGACUCACAGCCCAAUAUUCGGCCAUCUAUGCCUAACGUUCAGACCAGUCCACCACGCUCUGGCCCAUAUAUCGGCUUGGCUCAGAUUUAACCCCUUUGUCAUUGUUUUCUUCGAUAGGUUGACAAAUUUAUGUUUUUCCUUGGUAGAUUUCAAAAUCACGACUGAUAGUCAUCGCUAUUUAUCAUUCUUCAUCCUGGAAGUAUUCGUCGCAUACUGGAGAUGUGAUAGCUUUGGUGAUGUCACAUUCACUUUGGACAUCAAAAAUUGUUGUACAGCAUCUACGUCAUUUGCAAAUGUUAUUGGGCUUGUUAAUUUUCCAUUUGGGUACUCAUUACUGCUUGACUCAUUACAAAUUGUAGUACACAGUGUGCUGGCAUCACGUAUCUUAUUCAAUCUUCGUAAAAGUGAUGCACAUGUGCAUAACAUUGAUACUAGUCUCAGCAUGUUGGCUGCACUGAGUACUGUCAGGUUUCAAUCUGCCACCCUAGGUGAGAGGGAGGAACCUGAAGGAAGUAGUGGCCUGUGAGGGUGACAUACAGGAAGAGAGUAUUAGAUCCUUUAUAUUCACAAUAAG